AUGGAAAAAGAUCAUACCCACUCCACUCCCAGUGCCGCGCCUGCCACACCAACCGUUGCUACUUUGACAUGCGACAUUCCCUCAUCUCCAUCAUUGGCAGAACACCCAUCACCAGAACAACCAAUGCAAGAACAGUCGUCAUUGGCAGAAGCGCCACGCAACAACCGAUCAGUGUCGCCGUUGCAAGUAGUAACAUCGCCACUCCUCGAAUCGGAUUCUAAGCCGAAAACAGAAAGAAUGCAUCGCAAGGUGGAAGAUCUCGUGGCCGCUCUAUCACAACUCCAGCAAGACCAUGCACGUCUCUCCAAUGAGUUGGAAACCGUUCAACAGCGAGAAAUUAUGCAUCAAACCGAACGCACCAAACUCAUCAAACGUAACACCGUACUGAAAGAGCGCGUCAAGAAGUAUAAAACAAAAUUGGCCACCAUCGCACUACAGGAACUCUGCACUGAAUCGACCGCCGUGACAUCCCCACCACAUUUGUCAUGCUCUUCUUCUUUUUCUCCAUUGUCGGAGGAUCAACAAUUUAACUCGUUCGUCAACACACUCCGCAUGAGCGGUCAAUUUGGCCAACUCGUGGCCGGGGCGCUUGCACAAGACAAUCUGGAUCCUUCCACCGCUCAAUCUUCAGGGCGUUCAUCGGUGGGGACGUGCGACAGUCAGACAAGUCAACAGACCCAAGAUACACUGCCUACCGCCGUCAGUGAGGCACGCGACGACGAUAACACGGCUCCUCCCAAUUCAUUGUGUGACGACACUUUGCACCAAAUCACGUCGGAAUUAGUGUCGAUCAAACUAGCCAACUUUGAAAUGGGACAAAAGUAUGAACAGCUUUGCCACAAGUACGAAGCCACGGUUCAUCAAUUACAAACCGCCCAAAAUGCUGAACGCAGCUUAUUACAGAAAACCAUGGCGCUCCAAACCGAGCUUGAGGAGCAUCAGUCUGAGAAGGAGUUCAUUAUGCAGGAGCACGAGGAGCUUCUGAAGGAGAAUGAGGAGCUCUUUGAUAAAUCCAUGGCCACCAAAAAGACCGCCUCUGAACUUCAACUGGAAAAAUUAGCACUCGCUGCCGAAAUCGAGAAACUCACCCACCGUGUCCAAGAUCUUGAAAACGAAAAACGAGAAUGGUUGCAACCACGCGGCACGUUUUCCGAAGAAGUGUUUGCCGCUCACUCCUUACUGUUUGGUCGUGACCGUGCUGCUGCUGCUGCCUUGUCGUCAUCCUCCACCAGUACCUCGCUCAACCGACGACAUACUUUGCAACUUGGCCGAUCGCAUGACAACACUCAAGGUGCCCAGUAUCAGGACGAAUAUCAGGCAAAAUACAUUGAAAGUGAUCUUCGUUGCCGCGAACUGGAAAAACUAUUGGCAGAAACCAAGGUGAAAUUAGCCGAAUACGAAUCUGGAGGUCCCAUUAGCCCUCGUGGAUCUCUGCAACAGCAACGUCGUACCUCCAUGUAUCUGAAACGCAACUCGACCACCUCGUUGUCCAUGUUAGCCAGUCGAGGCAGUACACCCACAUCGCCCAGAGAGCCUAGAGAAUCAACCGACAGUAUUGCGUCGUCCACGACCUCCGCCAUGUCAUACGCCAGUCCACAGCACUAUAAACGAUCCAGCAUGUACUCUCGCAUAUGGGGAGCUUUUGGUGCGCCGGUGGUCCCUCAACCAUCCGGUAAUCUUAAGACCACCAAAACCGAUAUUUAUGAUGAACCUCAAUCCCUGACCGCUACUGCCAUGGAUCCUCUUUGA